UCGGGAAGUCCAUAAAUGAAGUGAAUAACCAUGUUUCCCCCCUUUGCCGUUUGUUGUUAGCCGGGAGUUACGUUUCACAGGGGAACAAAAGAGGCUCCCUGCAGAGCCCCUUAUAGAUCCCUCUUGUCGAGCAGCCUGUUGGUCAUCAUGUAUGUAUUAUUGAAAUGAACGAACUGCUGCCAGGCCAGAUUGUCCCUUUCACGUGUGAUAUCCAGCCUCGGUUGUUACUCAUUCUCGACAUUAUGCCAUACGCUCUUGGCCGUCAACGCCGCUUCGUUGAACUCGCGCAAAUAAGGUAACGUCGGUAAAAACAUGGCUUGAGGUUGCAAAGAAAUUCAUUUCUCCCUGAAAGCCAAAUUGGGACACGGCAAGGGAGUGAAAAACUUGAGGUCAUUCGUGCUCCUUCCCCGCCAACGCGGUGUUGUUUUUCACUCCUCUGACUGAACUGGGCUUCUAGUUAGUUCAAAAUAUUGAUAGAGAGGUGUAUCAUCGGCUGAAACUCUAAUCAGGGAGAAGAAAAUACGCUGGUAAGCCAUGGGGGUCUGUGAAACACAAGCUUUGGGUGUAACAACUUGCUGCCCAUCAUUGGUUUCAAGAUGAUCUCUGGUGGUAACAAAGUUUUGUACCUGCCGAUCUUUUGCUAGAUUUUGCAAGUUUUGUCGGUCACAAAAUAGGUAUAAAACGCCCGGAUGGGAACCUGGCAGAUAAUAACCAACGCUGAGAAAAUAUUUGAAUAUCCCUUCAAGGCUGACUUGCAAAAUGUCAUUGAACUUAUCGGCGGAAUAUAUGUUUCCCCAAGGUAGAGAGCUAUGCAGCGACGGGGUUUUGGAAGCGUACUCCCCGUAUUUGGUGUUCUGCCAAGCCCCAUCCUUGUUUAGAAACGGCCUGCAUUUGGACAGCUUGGGAUCUUUUUGGUUGAAGAUCCAGGGACAGACUGGCUGGUUCAAAAUCUCUCUAUUCCCUUCCAACAAAUGUCUGUUUGUCUCACAGUGAUUUUCCAGAUCGUCUAUCAUCCUCUGCUGGCCAGUUCCUGGGAGCAAGCACACACCAUCCUGUGGCACGACAUUUUGACUCGAAUGGAUUAAACCACGCUUCGAGUCAAGCAUUGACGGCGCUAAAUGGUGGAAUCUAAGCCUAAAGUAGAAGAACUAUUAAACGCGCCGAAACAUCAAGGAGCCAAGUCCGGAGUAUGGGGAGCAGGAACCUCAAUUCCCAGUUCUAGUAACUACUGUACUCCGUACUCCGUAGUCCCUGCGGUCAUUCAUGCACAACACCGUUGUUUGUUUUUCUUCCUCCGUUCAAAGAUCAAGAUUUGCAAGCUGGCUUCUCUCUCCAAGGGUCUGCUCGCCAACAAGACCAGCAUGAGGAGGGCGGCCAACAAAAAGGUCAGGUCAAAGGCAGGAAAGGACGUGGCGGUUUGGAAUCAGGGCCUGUGCUUAGAAGUGGUCGUCGAUCAAGCGAGUUGGUCGCAGAACAAGGUUGCACGCUUGGGAGCAACGUUACAUUGCCACUAAGGAUAAGAGCUUUCAGAUGGCGCAUUGGCGCAUUAGCGCGUUGGCGGACUUGGUUUGGGGUUGGGGGGUCGAGCUUGGCAGGAAACAGCAAGGCAAGGGAGAGGAAUUGGAGAGAGC